ACCAAGGACGGCCAUUUUCUGCCAAGGCUCAGGGGCCGACCACAGAGAACGGCAGCUCCUCCAAAACUCUAACCAUGGCAGCUUCUCUUACCCUUUACGUUGACCACAUUUCUCAGCCAGCCCGAGCCUUGUCUCUCCUUUGCAGGGCCAUCAGGGCACCACAUCAUGAACAUCACAUCAAGUUACUUAAAGGGGAACACAUGAGAAAAGAUACUUGCGUAACCCCUUUCAAAAAAUCCCACAAAGAAAAUGUAAUUAAAACCUCCACAGCUGCCUCUUUGCCCCAGAUUGCUAAGGUCCUUCUGAAAUUACAAAGAAUACAGUUAUACAAAGUGCCAAAAUUUCAGAUCCUAGAACAAAAGCUUCCAAAAAUCAGCCCACUCAUCGUAGGCAAAAAAUCCUACUGUGCAGCCUUGAGAUUCAUUGCAAAUAAAUAUGACUCGACUGGGAAAUGGUACCCUCAAGAUCUUGAAGUCCGAUGCAAGGUUGACGAAUACUUGGACUGGCAGCAUCUUAACACUAGAGCUCAUGGCAUGGGAUUCUUCAGAAAUAAGAUUCUGUUGCCAGCACUGAAGAAGAGUGAACCAGAUAUGAAAGUGGUCAAUGAACACAAAAAGGAACUAGGCCGAGUUGAGAGAGAUUUCAAGAAUUACUUCCUAGGAUCAAAGCCAUUCAUUGCGAGCGACCACAUUACCAUCGCAGACUUGCUUGCUGCCUGUGAAUUUGAGCAGCCUAUAGCUGGGGGUUACAGCAUGUCUCAGCCUAUCCAAGAUUUCAUUGAAAGGGUGAAGAGUCAGAUAGGGCCAGAUUAUGAUGAGCUGCAUUCUACCAUGAGAGAUUUUGCUGCAAAGGCUUCUAGGUAACAAAGUAAAGAAUUUGUAUUUGGUUUUAUUUUUGUCUGGUUCUAUAUAGAUUAGAUACUAUUCCCAUAGCAAAUUAUUUCUGUAUGAAAAUUUAAUUGAGAAUAAAUUUGUGAUAAA